AUGGAAUAAAAAAUAGAUAUAUAAUUAACACAAGAAUAAAUAGCCGAUUAUCGCGAAAAAUUUACACUUUUUGAUAAAGAUGGUGAUGGUUAUAUAAAAAUAUCUGAAUUAGGACUUUUAAUUCGUGGAUCAAAUUAAAACCCUACAGAUGCAGAAAUAUAAGAAUAUCAAUAAGAAAUUGAUUAAGAAGGUACAGGGAAGUUAGAUUUUCCAGAAUUUUUGGCCUUAAUGGCAAGAAAAAUUAAAGAAACAGACCCUGAAGAAGAAUUAAUGGAAGCAUUUAGAAUAUUUGAUAAAAAUAAUAGCGGAAUUAUUGAAAGUUAACACUUAAGACAUUUAGUAAGAUAAUUAGGAGAAUAAUUAUCAGAAGAAGAAACAGAUUAAAUGAUAAAGGAAGCUGAUCCUAAAAAUACAGGAUAUAUACGAUAUGCUGAAUUCGUUAGAUUUAUUACAACAUAAUAUUUAGAUUGA